CCGCCGCGCCCGCCGCCGGCCGCCGACAUGGCCCUGUACUGCGGCGAUAACUUCGGCGUGUACUCGCAGCCCGGCCUGCCCCCGCCCGCCGCCGCCGCCGCCGCCGCCCCGGGCGCCCCCCCGGCCUCCAGGGCGCCCUACGGGCUGGCCGACUACGCCGCGCCGCCCGCCGCCACCGCCAACCCCUACCUGUGGCUCAACGGGCCGGGCGUGGGCGUGGGCGGCCCGCCCGCCGCCGCCGCCGCCGCCGCGUACCUGGGCGCCCCGCCGCCGCCGCCGCCGCCGCCCCCCGGGGGCGCGGCCGGGCCCUUCCUGCAGCCGCCGCCCGCCGCCGGCACCUUCGGCUGCGCGCAGCGGCCCUUCGCGCCGCCCGCGCCCGCCGCGCCCGCCUCGCCCGCGGGGCCCGCCGCGCCCGGGGAGCUGGGCUGGCUGUCGAUGGCCAGCCGCGAGGACCUGAUGAAGAUGGUGCGGCCGCCCUACUCGUACUCGGCGCUCAUCGCCAUGGCCAUCCAGAGCGCGCCCGAGCGCAAGCUCACGCUCAGCCACAUCUACCAGUUCGUGGCCGACAGCUUCCCCUUCUACCAGCGCAGCAAGGCCGGCUGGCAGAACUCCAUCCGCCACAACCUGUCGCUCAACGACUGCUUCAAGAAGGUGCCCCGCGACGAGGACGACCCAGGGAAGGGGAAUUACUGGACCCUGGAUCCAAACUGUGAGAAAAUGUUUGACAAUGGGAACUUCCGUCGGAAGCGAAAGCGCCGCUCGGAGGCCAGCAGCGCCUCCACCUCCACGGUGGCUGCAGGGACCACCAAGUCAGAAGAGGGGCUUUCCUCAGGACUGGGGUCUGGAGUGGGCGGGAAGCCCGAAGGAGACAGCCCCUCGGCUUUGCUAAGGCCGCCCCAGUCCCCAGAGCCUCCCGAGGGCACCAAAAGUACUGCCUCCUCCCCAGGAGGAUCCCUGCUCUCCUCUGCCCCUUGCCUCAACACCUUCUUCAGCAGCCUGAGCACCCUGAGUGUCAGCAGCAGCGGAGGCGCCCAGCGGGCCGGCCCGGGCAGCCGCCACCUAGGGAUCCAGGGCGCCCCGUUGUCCUCCAGCGGCGCCUUCCCAGCCAGCUGCAUCUCCUCCGAAGCCCCGCCGGACACCUUGCAGCUCAGUAACGGUGCCAGCAGCGGCAGCGGCCAGAGGUCCUCCUACUACAGCCCCUUCCCUGCCAGCACCAGUGGGGGUCAGAGCAGCCCCUUCGGCAGCCCCUUCUACAACUUCAGCAUGGUCAACAGCCUCAUCUACCCCCGGGAGGGCUCUGAGGUCUAGGACAACCGGCCCUCCGACUUGAAUAUGCACACCUGAGCUCUUGUGAAAUGCGGAUUGCCGAGGCAGUAGGUUGGGGUAGGAAGUGUGGGAUACUGCAUUCCUCCGCAGUCCCCGGGAGUGGUAGCUGCUGACUCUUCCUCCAGCCCGGCAAGCUUUUCCAGGUUUCUCUGGAUGAGGGCCUUCGUGGAGAGAAAACCGCCUCAACUCUGUUUGGGACAGUACCUGUGAGCCCCGCGAGGGCAGGGACCAUGUCUGUUUUGUUCAUCACUGUAUAGCAGGGUUAUGAGCACAGAUAUGUCCAAGGGCCAGCUAGAACACAAAAGGAUGAAGUUUACUGGGUAGGAAAAGGUAGCAGUUGGCAACUGAAGCAGGUAGGGAGUGAGUCGAGACUGACCAGCUAAAGGCUGCUGUGUGGGCGGUUAUUUCCUGCCUGGCAGCAUCCUGAUUUUUCUAGAAGUCACAUAAUCUGGAUUCUUCUAGGAAACCUCCAUUUGCAUUAUUUGCCACUAAUUAAAGUUUUAUUAAAAUCCUGCACUAGGACAUCCCACAAAUCCUCUGAGCUAUAUCCAGCUCACGCAUCGCCUCUACCUAGGCUCUGCGUCUGGACCGUGGUAGAUCCUAAUAGCGACAAAACUGCCCAAGCGAGCCCUUGCUGCCGAGCACUGUUCCCCAUGCUCAGAAGCAUAUUAGAUCAUUUAACCCUCACAACAACCUUGGGAGAUAAGUAUGAUUACUACUCACUUGUGAGGGUUGUGUGACUCCAAGAUGGUAACUCCCCCAAGGUGGUCACGCAGAUAGUUGCAGAGCCAGGAUCUGGUCCAGGCACUCUGGCUCCAGGGCUGGUGCUGGAAGGUUUGUUCUAGUUCUGAAAAACAAAGGUGCCAUUAUCCAUUAGCAUAUUGGGGAUAAGAGUGAACUCGUAUCUCAUUUAACCAAAGAUUCUGGUUGAAAUUAGUAUCACUUGAGACGUUGCCCUGAGCAGCAAAGACAGACCUCACCCCUGCCUUCUGACGCUAUAUGCUUGAGGUUGGGGGAGGGGGGGCGACCAUGGUCCUAGUUAACUUAAUAUCCCAGGCCUUUUAGCAUGUGUCCUAAUUUUUCCAUUUUUAAGCAAGAUAUUAGAAUUUAUUAAAAAUAGUUUUUAAGUGGAAUUUUUAUGGCUUCCUAAUAAACCAUUUGUUAAAAUUUUUUAAUAUAAUUUAUUUUUAGCACUCCCUUUUACUUCUCAAGAGGUAUCUUCAUUUGAAUAGUGUUUGUGGUCACCCUCCCAGUGCCCAGCCUAGUGUCUCUGGUCCAUGGCAGAUACUCAGCCACUGUUUGAACUUAUCUAAGAGGUGCUAAUUGAAACAGAUAAGUGUGGAUUUUAUUGGAACAGCUGCCAUUAAGAUGAAGAUAAUGUCCUGAAUUGCCUCUACCAUGUUGUUGGGUCUUUGACAGGAACAUUGCUGGUUUGGGGAUUUAAUUUUUUUAGAAAAAGGAACACAAGUACAUUGUAAGAAAAUUUUAACCUCUCCCUGUGUAUUAUUUUUUGAGACUCACAGCAUUACUCUUAAAUUUUUAUUUUGAAGUAUACAGAAAAUUAUUUUUAAACAGUUUAUUGAGGUAUACGUAACAUCACCAUUACUUUUUAAAAUAUUACGGAGAAAGACAGCCAAAGAGACUACCUACCCCUAGAUUGUAUGUACAGAAGCCAGUUUCUAUGGAUAUUUUUCUAUGUGAAAAAUCCUAUGGACUUUGAUGAAUAUUGUUUCUAACGCAGUUCUAUAUUUGUAAAUUAAUUUAUAAUGUAAACUGGGACAAAAAAAAUUUUUUGCCAAGAAAGUACACUGCAUGCUGAGAAUUACAUGAAAUAAACUCUUAAGUGGGAUGAUUUCUGGC